AUGAUAUUCGGAAUCGUGGGCGGAAGAAACGACGACUUCAGAGUGACUUUCGAAGUGAAUUCCAUAAAAAGAAAACUUCAAUGAAUCACCUCAAACUUUCAGUACCCGUACAGCGACUCCUCCUCCUCAGAAGACUGCAUCGAAUCGCUGCGAGACGCGGAACUGUCGGAAACGCGAUUCACUUCGAAGAAUCCUCUGGGCCCGCUGACCGAAUGCAACCUUCUUUCGGAUGCGUUCAUCGUCUGCGAAGAGCCGAGUUCGUUGUACGGACAGGGACAGACUGGGCAGCAACCGGCCAACGAGAGCUUUCGGAACGAGGGAAAGUGCCUGCGGAUGGGCGGCUAUCGGGCGGAGGACGUAGAGUACACGAACGUGCGGUGUCGAGCACUGCCGUGCAUCGAGUGCCGAGGCCCGAGGACGUUCUUGAAGGAAGUACCGUGCAUUAUGUAAGCAACGACACUUUUGAUCCAUUUCCGAUUAUUUGAGUACUAGUAUUGGAUUAGUGUGUCUGACCUUGAAAGUUACAGUUCUUUCGAAUCAUCUGAUCUAGAGAAGUGAGAGAUUUUCAGUUCCAAAUCACUAAAUCUUCAGUCUCUUCCCCUUCCCAAUCCUCCAUUUUUGCAGCUACACCGGCCACUACUUCCUGACCACCCUGCUCUAUUCGAUCUUCCUCGGCGUCGUCGCAGUCGACCGUUUCUGUCUCGGCUACUCGGCGAUGGCCGUCGGCAAGCUGAUGACCCUCGGAGGGUUCGGCAUCUGGUGGAUCGUCGACAUCUUCCUGCUCGUGCUCGGAGUGCUCGGACCCGCCGACGACUCCAACUGGGAACCAAUCUAUUGA